ACAAGCCGUUCCUGUUGUUACUUGUAGCUUCCCAACAAAAAAGCUCCCGGAGAGGUCACAGGGUCACCCAACACCCAAUAAUAAACAAAUGUCCUUCACCCGAGUAGUAAGCAAUAUUCACAAGGAGGAACAAGAGCCAAAGGUCUCAUCGAGACAUAAAGGAGAACCUCAUCUGUGAAUGUCGGCUGAAGUAGAAUCGGUGGAAGUUGUGGCAAACCGUUAAAAACGUCAAGACAUGGAGGGGGUCACAGGAAUUCUGUUAGUAUUGUGCUUUAUCGGUUUCAGUAAUGCAAAUACUAGUCCUACAAUCAACAAGGUUGUUUAUACUGUGUGUGAAGACGCCCCCAUAGGUGCCCACGUGUUUACUGUAGACGCAACAGACACAGAAAAUGACCCAUUGACUUAUUCACUUGCUGAUCCCAAUGAGGGAUUCUUCACACUUGACAAGAACACCGGAAGUGUAUCAGUCAGUAAGACCCUAAAUAGAGAGGCCUCUAACACAAUACAACUUGGAGUUAUUGUCUCGGAUGGUCACACUAAUACACCAAGAGAAUUAACUAUAAUAUUAUCAGAUGCCAAUGACAACCGACCCACAUUCCAGCAAUCUUCAUAUGAUUAUACGAUCCAAGAAGACACCGCCGUAGGUACGUCUCUUUUUCGGGCACAAGCCACGGAUAUAGACUCUUCCAGUGGUGCAGUUGUUCAAUACAGCAUUGAUGAAGUUACUCCAACUGCUGGAUUGAGUCUUUUUAGGAUUGUAAACACAACUGGUGAAGUCAGAUUAAAUGGACAACUGAAUUUUACUGCUUUGAGCACUUUCUAUCGGCUGAAGAUUAAUGCAACUGAUGGCGGAGGCCGUUGUUAUUAUAAUACAACCAACUACUUCUCAAGCAUUGCUUUUUCCAUCAUUACGGUUAAGGAUGUCCCAGACCUCGACCCAGUGUUCAUUGGUAUUCCCUACGUAGGGAGAGUGGCGGAGAAUUCUCCUUUGGGCAAGUCUGUGUUUAAAGUGACUGCCCUGGACCAGGACACAGGCGUCAAUGAUGAUAUCAUCUACAGCAUUGAAGAUUCCACAGCAGAGGGCCUGUUUUCAAUCUCAUCACCUAGAGGCGUCAUAUCUGUACUGUCGAAUAUCGACAGAGAAGAUAUUGGUGACACUGCUACCCUGACUGUAAAGGCUACUGAGUCUAAACCAAACAUCCACGGGGUCAUAGCCAACACCACAGCAAAAGUACAGAUCAACAUCAUCGACGUCAAUGACAACGGGCCGGAGUUUUACAAAUGUGGAGACGAGCUUGACUGUGUGAAGGAGAGUCACUUCACAGGAGAGGUUGUUGAGCACUGGUUGGGCGCUGUUUCUAUCAACAUGACUGUCAAAGAUCUGGACAAGAUUACCAACAUGCGUCUAACCCUGGAGGGAGUGGACAAAAACGUGUUUUCUGUGCAACCACAAUUUACAAUGUCAGACAGCAUUGUUCAGCUUCAGGUCAGGGAGCCCCAAGAACUGGAUUUUGAAGAAAAACAGCAAAUGGUUCUGCAAAUCAUUGCCGUAGAUGAAGACCAACCCACUUUCCAGUCCACUGCAACAGUUACUAUUAACAUCAAGGACGCCAACGAUAACAGCCCUAAGUUCCUACAUGGCUCGUAUAAGUUGAACGUUACUGAGCACUCUCCUGUUGGGACAACAUUGGACACCUUGACUGCAGACGAUCCCGACACGAUGGAUCAAGGCAACAUAACCUACAGUCUUCUUCCAGACAGCAUACGACUGUAUUUUGACGUGGAGCCACAUACGGGCAGAGUUUACGUGAAAAACGCAACUCUGUUGGAUCGUGAGGUCCGAUCUCUGUAUUCAGCCACUCUGCAGGCCAGAGACACAGACGACAAGCCCGGCAGCACAGUACUGGAGAUCACCGUGACUGACAUCAACGACCACGCCCCAAUCAUCAACAGAGACACUUACCGGGAGUUUGUUAAAGAGGGUGAAGCGCUUACACUUAAGAUAGAGGCAACAGAUGCGGAUGACUCUGAUACCAAAAACAGUCAAAUAGUGUUUGGAAUCGUGCCAAGCAACUACAGCGAUAACUUCACCAUCAACCCGGACACCGGUGUGUUAAGAAACCGGGGUGAGCUUGAUCGCGAGGCCCUGGACCCAAAGCUGAAGGGGAUGAUUGAGCUCAAUGUAACUGCUACUGACAAGGGUACACCAUCAUUAUCCACCAUGGUCACCGUUAUCAUCAUUUUAGAGGAUGUCAAUGACAACAACCCACAAUUUAAAGUCUCUUCUUACAAAUUCUCUGUCAAAGAAGGAGAAAAAGGUGCCUUUGUGGGUUCUGUUCAGGCUGAAGAUUUGGACCAAACAGCAGAGUUUCACCGCAUUUCUUUCAGCAUUAUUGACGGAAGCUUUGGCAGCUUCAUCAUUCGCACCUUCGCAGAGGAGCAGGGUUACAGGGGAAACAUCACUGUGGACCCCGACAUUGAGCUGGACUACGAGAGCACUCGCAAGCAAUUCCAGCUGCAGGUAGAGGCAACAGAUCUGGAACAGGCAAACAAAGCUACAGUGAUGGUGACGGUGGACGUGUUGGACGUGAACGAUGAAAGGCCCGAGUUCAACCCAGCAGACUCUGUGACUGUAAAGGAGAACAGCAACAUAAGCGGGGCUGUUGGGAGCUUCACAGCGCAGGACAAAGACGGAAACCACUCACUGGUCUACGAGCUGGAAUCCAUCAAAUGCAGUUCCAACAGUUCUCUGACUCCCUGCAGCUGGUUUAUUCUGGAUCCAACGGGGGAAAUCAGACUCAACCCAAAGCACACAGUGGAUUAUGAACAAUGUGACCAGGUGCUGAUGGAGGCUCAGGUGGUGGACGAGUACACAGAGAAAGGAGAGAACAACAGUGUGACAACAGGACAAAUGGUGAUCAACAUUGAAGACAUCAACGACAAUGCCCCAGAAUUCAUUCUCUCAGAUUCUGUAUUUGUUGUAGUGUCAGAAAGUGCAAGCAAGGGGACAUCGGUGGCAGGAGUCACUGCUACAGACCGUGACUCUGGAAUUAAUAGGCAGAUUGACUUUAAAGUAACCAGAGUCCAAUUUAGAGACACCAACAAUCAAACAAGCAACAUGAGGAUGCUGUUCGAGGCCAUCACCACACAGCAAAAGGACAUAUAUGUUGGAAUUAUUCAAACUAGUGAGACGAUUGAUAAAUCACUGAAAGGGACGUAUUUGGUAACUGUAAGUGCAACUGACACCGGCGACCUCUCCACCAGCACUGUACUGGAGAUUUUCGCAGUUGAUGCAUCAUAUCAAGUGGAACUUGCAUUUACAAAAUCCAAAGCCUUUGUUGAAGAAAAGCUCAACGAAAUCACCAGAGCGCUUAUGGCUGCAACCAAGGCUGCAGUUGAAAUAGCUUCCAUCAGGUCCGUCACUGCAGAAGCAUCCAGGGUUUCAGGUAACACUAUCAUAGUGGCAUAUUUCGUCUACUCCAACGGGACUGCUCUUACCUCUACUCAAGUGGAAAAGAUGAUCUCUGAUCCUCAACACUCGCUUCGACUUAUAGAGCUUGGCCUUGCAGACAUUGGGAAGGCUCCUGUGACCGAACCGAGCAAUGACCCUUUGAAGUACGCUAUGUUUGGGAUGGUGGCCGGCCUCAUCAUUGUGCUCGCAGUCCUCACCACUUCACUGAUGUGCACUCGCAGAAACUACAGGAGGAAACUGAAGGCCGCUAAAGCCAUGAACUCUGCAGCCAUGGUGACUUCUGACAACCAGAAAAGUGGUCCUGUGGUGCCCGGAACCAACAAGUACACCAUGGAGGGGGCUAAUCCUGUUCUCAACCUCAACAUCGACACAGCCAUGCACCUGGACAUGGACGAUGAGAGCUCAGAUGUGGACAAAGUCAGCCUCAACUCCCUGGACUCCAGUGGUUAUAUGACCAGCCAUGAAAAAGGUCUCAUGAUGAAUAUGAUCCAAGAGGAGGAGGAGGAGGAGGAUGACAGCGGGCCACCGGAGUACAUUGAGCCUCUGGGUGCAGCUCUGGCCCAGCGGGGCCAAAAGAAAGGCUUCGACAAUCCUCGCAUUGGUUUAAAUAACCCUGCAUUCAGCACCACUGACUUGUGAUGGCUCUAUUAAAAGGGAGAGACGUUGACCCCCAGCCUCAGAUGGACAUCAUGUUGCUUCUCUGUAAUCAGUCAAACACAUUGAUGGUGUUGGAUGAAGUCUUUGUGUCUCCAAAUAGCCUUCUGUUGCGACCAAUAAGUUAUUGAUAUUAUGCACAAUCUCAUAGCACCAAGUGAUGCAUUUGCUUUGUCAAAACAUUUAAUUCAAAGAAUAACAGUAAAGAAAACCAAACUUUGAGAUGUUAAUCCGUGAAAACAAUAGAAUGAUACCACACAGUGUGUCAAUAUUGUGAUAUUUGGUUUGGUUAUUUCAUCCACGAUUUACUUUGUCAACCAGUUAAAGGAAUAGUUUGACUUUUUGGGAAAUAUGCUGCAGCCAUUCUGCCUCUGUUUAGAAGCAGCCUUACAGCACCUCAACAGCUCAGCUGGCUGUCCCCCCCUGUUUCCAGUCUUUAGGCUACAGUUGGCUAAAUGCCUGCUGGCUGUGGUUUCAUUUAGAGCAACGAGCAUAAACCGUCUCUCGCAAAUAAGCAUUUUUCCCCAAAUGUCCAACUUUUCUUUGAACAUUUUCCUUACAUAAUUGUAGCUCGACAAUAAAAAGAAAUGACAGAAGCAAAAGGGAAAGCAAACAAAAGAAUGGUUUGUUCAACAUCACUUUAUUAUUUUGUUAAAAUGUUAAGCGGCAGCUUACAAAUGAUUGGUUUGCUUUGAAAUGAACUGUAUUAUACGUUAUGUCAAACACACUGUUAAUUGUUGUUGCAGCUGACGCUAACACAAAGACAUUCCAAAAAGAGUAUCAUUCCUUUUUUAUGACUGCACGUGAGACAAAAGGCUCAUACCUUAUGCCUGUUUAAUUUGCCAGUGUUGACUUUGAGUUUGAGAUUCUCAUGCUGAAAUAAAACUUCAUGCAAUGUGACUUCCUACAAGCAGUGGAUAAAAGAGAUUAUUUGACUGUUUCCUGACAUCUAAAUGAAUGUAAUGGAAGUGCAAUCUGAAUAAAAUAAAUGUUGCCAAAUGUG